GCUGGUCGGCGUCUGCCGGGCGCUGGAAGAAACCCUGAUGGAUACUAAGUGGGUGACAUCCGAGUUGGCGUGGACGGCUCAUCCGGAGACGGGGUGGGAAGAAGUUAGCGGUUACGAUGAAGCCAUGAACCCCAUCCGGACCUACCAGGUGUGCAAUGUGCGGGAAGCCAACCAGAACAACUGGCUCCGGACUCAGUUCAUUCAGCGCCAGGACGUGCAACGCGUUUACGUGGAGCUGAAAUUCACUGUGCGGGACUGCAACAGCAUCCCCAACAUCCCAGGCUCCUGCAAAGAGACCUUCAACCUCUUCUAUUACGAGUCGGAUACAGACUCAGCUUCAGCCACCAGCCCCUUCUGGAUGGAGAACCCCUACAUCAAAGUGGAUACAAUUGCCCCCGAUGAGAGCUUUUCCAAGCUGGAGUCCGGCCGCAUGAACACCAAGGUCCGCAGCUUUGGGCCUCUUUCCAAGAAUGGGUUUUACCUGGCCUUCCAGGAUCUGGGCGCCUGUAUGUCCCUCAUCUCUGUCCGGACUUUCUAUAAGAAAUGCUCCAACACUAUUGCUGGCUUUGCCAUUUUUCCAGAGACCUUAACUGGGGCAGAGCCCACGUCCCUGGUCAUUGCUCCAGGGACGUGCAUCCCCAAUGCGGUGGAAGUGUCCGUGCCUCUGAAGCUGUACUGUAACGGAGACGGGGAGUGGAUGGUACCGGUUGGGGCUUGUACGUGCGCUGCUGGAUACGAGCCGGCCAGUAAGGAUACCCAGUGCCAAGCCUGUGGUCCAGGGAGCUUCAAGUCAAAGCAAGGGGAAAAUGCCUGCUCCCCCUGCCCGCCCAACAGCAGGACAAGCUCCGGGGCGGCGACUCUCUGCACCUGUCGGAAUGGCUUCUUCCGGGCAGACGCAGACCCGGCGGACAGCGCCUGCACCAGCGUCCCAUCCGCUCCCCGUAGUGUCAUCUCCAACGUGAAUGAGACUUCACUGGUGCUGGAGUGGAGCGAGCCCCGAGACACGGGUGGCCGGGAUGACCUGCUGUACAAUGUCAUCUGCAAGAAAUGCAGCGUGGAGCGCCGGCUCUGCACCCGCUGCGACGACAAUGUGGAGUUCGUGCCCCGCCAGCUCGGCCUCACCGAGCGCCACAUCUACAUCAGCAACCUCCUGGCGCACACCCAGUACACCUUCGAGGUCCAGGCUGUCAACGGCGUGUCCAGCAAGAGCCCCUAUUCCCCCCAGUUCGCCUCGGUCAACAUCACCACCAAUCAGGCAGCCCCCUCGGCUGUUCCCACAAUGCAUCUGCACAGCAGCACCGGCAACAGCAUGACACUCUCUUGGGCCCCUCCGGAGAGACCCAAUGGGAUCAUCCUGGACUAUGAAAUCAAGUACUUCGAGAAGCAGGGCCAAAGCGAUGGCAUCGCCAACACCGUCACCAGCCAGAAGAACAUGGUGCGCCUGGACGGUCUGAAGGCCAACGCACUUUACACCGUGCAGGUCCGUGCACGCACUGUCGCUGGCUACGGCCUGUACAGCCUCCCUACCGAGUUCCAGACAUCUGCAGAGGAUGGCUCCAGCGGAAAGAGCUUCCAGGAGCUGCCCCUCAUCGUGGGGUCAGCCACCGCCGGGCUGGUGUUCAUCAUUGUCGUGGUGGUGAUUGCCAUUGUCUGCUUCAGGAAGCAGCGGAGCAGCACGGACCCGGAGUACACAGAAAAACUGCAGCAGUAUGUCACUCCUGGGAUGAAGGUCUACAUCGACCCCUUCACCUAUGAGGACCCCAAUGAGGCUGUCCGGGAAUUCGCCAAGGAGAUCGACAUCUCCUGCGUCAAGAUCGAGGAGGUGAUUGGAGCAGGGGAGUUUGGGGAGGUAUGCCGGGGCCGCCUGAAACUGCCGGGUCGUCGUGAGAUCUUUGUGGCCAUCAAGACUCUGAAGGUGGGUUACACGGAGCGACAACGCCGGGACUUCCUGAGUGAGGCCAGCAUCAUGGGGCAGUUUGAUCACCCCAACAUCAUCCAUCUGGAGGGCGUAGUGACCAAGAGCCGGCCCGUCAUGAUCAUCACAGAGUUCAUGGAGAACUGCGCCCUCGACUCCUUCCUCCGGCUGAACGAUGGACAGUUCACAGUGAUCCAGCUGGUAGGGAUGCUGCGGGGCAUCGCAGCUGGCAUGAAGUACCUCUCUGAGAUGAACUAUGUGCACCGGGACCUGGCCGCCCGUAACAUCCUGGUUAACAGCAACUUGGUGUGCAAAGUGUCAGACUUUGGGCUCUCGCGCUUCCUGGAGGACGACCCCGCUGACCCCACCUACACCAGCUCACUGGGUGGUAAGAUCCCGAUCCGGUGGACGGCCCCUGAAGCCAUCGCCUACCGCAAGUUCACUUCAGCCAGCGACGUGUGGAGCUACGGCAUUGUCAUGUGGGAGGUGAUGUCGUACGGGGAGCGGCCGUACUGGGACAUGUCCAACCAGGAUGUGAUCAACGCUGUGGAGCAGGACUACCGCCUGCCGCCACCCAUGGACUGCCCCACUGCUCUGCACCAGCUCAUGUUGGACUGCUGGGUGCGCGACCGCAACCUCCGGCCCAAGUUUGCCCAGAUUGUGAACACACUGGACAAGCUGAUCCGAAACGCAGCCAGCUUGAAGGUCAUCACCAGCGUCCAAUCGGGCGUGUCCCAGCCACUCCUGGACCGCACGGUCCCAGAUUACACCACCUUCACCACUGUGGGUGACUGGCUGGACGCCAUCAAAAUGGGACGGUACAAGGAGAACUUUGUCAACGCCGGCUUCGCCUCCUUCGACCUGGUGGCGCAGAUGACAGCAGAAGACCUGCUCAGGAUAGGGGUGACACUGGCGGGCCAUCAGAAGAAGAUCCUCAGCAGCAUUCAGGACAUGAGGCUGCAAAUGAACCAGACGCUCCCAGUCCAGGUUUGACCGUGGCGAACUCUGGGAUCAGAACGGACUGGAGGGAAUCCUAAGGUUCCAGUUUGCGGUGCAGCCCGGCUUCCUGUUUUCCCCUUUGCGUGGAGCUCCUUGGCCUCCGACAGCCGUGCAGGAUGGGACGUCCUGCCCCGAAUCCCAAGGCGCUUGGGCCAAGAGGGAGACCAGCGGUUUGGUUUGGGUUUGGAAUAGUGAGCCGGCGAGGCGUGGAGUCUUCAUAUUGAAGAUGGAUUAUGGGACAGAGACCUCGCCCCCCUCUCCCCGUCCCGUCCCCACACCAGCGGCGCCAAGGGUCCGAGAGAUGCUCUGCUGCUUGGAUUUCCUUCACCCCAAGGUCACAAACUUUUGCUGACCUUGAAGUUCAUCCAGAAAGGCCCGUGGGGACACAGCAACAUGUGCUGGCCCUUUCUCAUGCUCUUGGCCCAGCCUGGAAGCGGUGAGGGGGGUGCGGGGUUCCAGGCUAAAGGAACAACGGAGCUGAAGGAACAGCAGUCCCCCGGGGGGGCCCAGCCUGGCUUUCGCCUGUGCAGCCCAGACAAUCAUGUUCCCUCUUGCCAGCGCGGAUCUGCACUGGAAUGUGUCUGAAGCAGGGGGGUCGGCCUGUCUUGGCUCUGGCCUCCUGAACCCGAACCCGAACCCAGUGAGAUUUACUAUGCAGGGAGUUGGAAGGCCCAACUCCGGAGCGCUCGUCCCUCGUGGCUUCCGCAGCCAGAUCCGGACGGCAGAGGAAGGCCUUGGGCACCAGUUUGCACAGGGCCGCGAGGCAGCCGUGCGGGCUCCUGCCCCGGGGGGGGAGCUGGGAGAGACGGGAGGGGGAGGGAAGGCCAAGCUGACUUGGAGAGCCUCUUUUUAUGCAGAAGGAGCAGGUCCUGUCAGAGCGCCGUCUCGCCAGCACCUCUCCUGACACGCUGUGAUUUGCUGCCAAAAGACUUUUCUUCCCGCCCCUCUCCCCCCUUCUUUCUCUCUUUCUCUCUGCUGUUUCUCGGACGCGAGCAGCCUCUCGAGCAGUAGGAGGGACCCCUAUCCAUGUGUGUGCGUGCGUGAGUGCUUGUGUACUGGCCGUCUGGACUGUGAGAGGGGGUGUGGGCAGAUUAAAGGCAAUAAGGAUUUUA